AUGAACAGAACAACAGAAUACCUGAAGUACAUAGACAGAAAGACACAAAUACCCUAUACCUCAGGGAGCGAGAGCUUCUACGACACCAUCAACUCAAAAAUAGAAAAGAUAGAGGCAAGACUAAGGAAAUCUUUAUCAUACAGGGAGACACUUAAGGUUGAGGAGGAGUUCGCCACCUUGUCCCUUGAAACUCAGCAAACAUUGGACAUAAUCUCGGUAGAGGGAUCUAAUGAUCUCGUACUCCACUUCGAAGGAAUCAAGAGGAUCAUUCUGAUGAAACUACAAGGAAUCGAGAGAAGACUUAGAGCCCUUAAGGAUUCUAAAAUAGGAACGAGCAUAGACCUGGAGCCCGAAAGGCCGCAGGUGUUCAGGAAUGUCGAGGAAGUACAGGUAAUGGAAGAGGAAAACAAGAAGCUUGUUGAGGGAUACAACAUGGAGGGAUAUAGAUUGACUAGAAGAAGGCUUCUCGAGGUAGAGGCACUUCAGGAUACAAUCUUUCAGCACCUGAUUCUCCAGGACGAGAGGAUAGACAACAUAAUAGAUCUUACAUCCAAGGCAGGGACAUAUGUCUCUGGAGGCAACGAGGCGUUGGGAAGGAUCACAAACUCGGGAAGAUUUUUUCGCAGAUUCCUGUUUAUUCUAUUACUUUGCUUGUCCUUUGUUCUGUUGUUUCUCCACUAUUACUAUAGGUAG